UUAGUAGAUUAUUGAAGUACCACAAGAGUAAAUAGCGAUUUUCUGAAACAGGGAAGAAGAGUCUGUCAUCGUAUAGGCAAGGCUUGUAACCGUGGCGUUUCUCAGGGGCAUACAUUGUGUUGUACUCACUGCAGAUUCUUGGUACCAACAUGAGAGCUGGAGGCAUCUUGAAGUUUGCUGCAUUGGUUUCGGUCUUUUUCCUGGCAGUUUUCCUUGCCUUCCAGCUGCUGGAAAUUAACAUGGACUUCAAUCUGGGGAAUGUGUUUGGGUAUAUGCCUGUAGAGGAAGGCCCUACCAGACAGGAACGCUACAAGUGUGGCAUCUCCAAGCCAUGUCCUGAGGGACACUUCUCCUUUAAGAUGGCCAGCGGAGCAGCCAGUGUUGUCGGUCCCAAAAUCUGCCUGGAGGACAACAUAUUGAUGAGUGGAGUCAAGAACAACGUGGGCAGAGGAAUUAACAUCGCCCUGGUUAACGGAAAGACAGGGGACCUCAUCAAGACAGACUACUUUGACAUGUGGGCGGGAGAUGUCAACACGCUCAUCACAUUCCUGAAGACUAUUGAAGAAGGAACAGUAGUGAUGAUGGCCACGUUUGACGAUUCGGCCUCCAAGCUGAAUGACGAGUCCAGGAAGAUGAUUGGUGAACUUGGCAGUUCCAGUAUCAGCACAUUAGGUUUCAGGGACAACUGGAUCUUUGUGGGAGGCAAAGGGAUCAAGACCAAGAGUCCCUUUGAGCAGCACAUAAAGAACCAUGCCGACACCAACAAGUACGAGGGCUGGCCCGAGGUGCUGGAGAUGGAAGGCUGCAUACCCCAAAGACAGGAGUGAUCUUUUCACUUGAACCCUCGACCGUUCCCUUCAUAGCCGCCCCUUCACGCCUUUGGUUGCGUCUCCCAUUCUUCUCUUAAAAUAGUGUACUUGCACACUUUCCUAUGAUGGCUCUAACAAUGGUUGAACCUCCCUCCACCUAAUGCUAACACCAACGCAGCCUUUGUAUUUUAGAGACUGUCCCUCUGCAUUGCAGCUGUCAAUGUUUGCAGCAAUCGGUGUUUGACGUCAGGAAGCAUCCUGUUUUGUUUGUGUCAAGGUAUUGUCUAUAUAUAGAAAGAGGAAUGGUAUGGCAGAAAUUCCUGUUAUUGGUUAUUCAGCAGAAUGUACCAAGAUCACUGUGAAAUUUGUAAAUAGAACUACAAAAAAAAAAGUAUCAAACUUUUGAACAUCGAUAUUGUAAUAUAACAUAUUGGAAAGCUAUAUGGCUUAAGAUCCUUGUUACUUAAGAGUGAAUUUAUGUUAUAGCUUUUUAUCUUUAGUGAUUGGUCUUUUAAAUUGUUAGUUUUUGUGUGGUUUGGGGGUGGAAUGAAUGAGGAAGCGUGUAGCUAAAGCUUGUUAGUGGGGAUAUUGACUUGUGUGCAUCUUCCUUGGAUAGAAUGAGAAUCGUUGGUUUUGGAUGGGGGUCAUGUACCUAAGUGUUUCAGUAACAAUCCAUAGAUAUUUUAGGGAAAUAUUUAGCUGGUUUUGAUAAACAAAUCACUUGGGAAUUUAUUGGCACCUUGACAGCCUUGGAAAAACCAUUCAAGAAAUAGAUUGAUACGUUACAAAGAUGACUAGGUUUUGAUUUUGUGGCUAGAUCUUCCUUUCCCCAGUAUCUCUGGUUUACCUUAACUAACUCUGCAAGACU